AUGUCAAAUUCGAGCGUUAAGAGCUUAGACAAUUUAACAAAGUCUUUUGUUUUUACUAAACGUCUGCCUGCCGACGAAGCAAUUCCUUCACCUGAUGUAAUUACAACUAAAUUACAAAGAAUUUCACGUCCUGUAAAAAAAGCCGCCUUCACUUUUGUUGCUCCUGAGCCAGUAAAAGAGCCUAAAUUACUUGCUAUAGCAGAAAAAACUGCCAGAGAAGUAUUGAAUUUGGAAGAAAUAAAUAACUGGUCUGAAGAACAAAAAACGGAAUUUUUAGAAGUUGUAAGUGGAAAUCGAGUUGUUAAGGGAACUUCUCCUUGGGCUCAUUGUUACGGUGGGCAUCAAUUUGGAUUUUUUGCAGGACAGCUGGGAGAUGGACGCGUUAUUUCUCUAUUUGAAGCGAUUAAUGCCAAAAACGAAAGAUGGGAGUUGCAAUUAAAAGGGGUCGGAAAAACUCCAUUUUCAAGAGCUGCUGAUGGCUUUGCCGUUUUGAGGUCAUCAAUUAGAGAAUUUCUCGGCUCAGAAGCAAUGGCCGCAUUGGGUGUCCCAACCACAAGAGUUCUUUCAAUUGUUCAUACUCCUAAACGUAUGGUGCAACGUGAAGUACUUGAAACCGGGUCUAUCGUAAGCAGAUUAUCGCCAUCAUGGAUUAGAUUUGGAAGUUUUGAAAUCUUUUUUUAUCGAAUGGAAAGAAAACAAUUAAGAUCUUUAGCAGAUUUUGUCGUUGAAGAAGUUUAUGGACUUAAUCCUUUAGAAAAUCCGGAAUAUGAGAAAUAUGGAAAUCGUUAUGGUAGAUUAUUUAAUAAAAUUUCAAGACAAACUGCAAGGAUGGUUGCUCAUUGGCAGGCAGUUGGAUUUUGUCACGGAGUUAUGAAUACAGAUAAUAUGUCAAUUCUGGGGUUAACAAUUGAUUACGGACCUUUUGCAUUUUUGGAUAAUUAUGAUCCAAAUUGGAUAUGUAAUCAUUCAGAUUAUGAGGGUAGAUAUUCAUUUAGAAACCAACCCACGGCAUGUCUUUGGAAUUUGCUAAAAUUGAGUCAUACUUUUCAAGAAUUAAUUGGAGCUGGAGAUGAAGUAGAUAAGCAAUGGUUCUUGGAUGCAAAUUAUCCUAAUGGAAAUGACGAUGAUGCUCCUUCAAAGAAAGAUGAAAUCCUUCGGAACGGUAAAGAAAUAAUUGAUUUGAAAUUAGGAUUUCAAACGUUGCAACAAACAGAUUUAGAAAUUAUCAUUACACCACUUCUAAAUCUUCUUGCUGCCCAUAUAGUCGAUUAUCAUCAUUUUUUCCGUUCGUUAUGUUCAUUCUCAACAACGUCAUCAAAUUCACCGUCAAUCUUUAUUAAAGAUCUUUUAACAAGAUCAGUUAAUUUAGAAAAGGCAUUAUCAGAUUUCAAUUCAUGGUUUGAAAUUUAUAAACAGAGACUAUUAUCCGAAGAUUCAAAUGAUAUUAAUAGAUCAAUUAAAAUGAAACAAAUUAAUCCUAAAUUUGUAUUAAGAAAUUGGGUUGCUGAAGAAGUAAUUGAAAGUGUUGAAAGAGGAGAUAGUGAAGUAUUAAAAAGAGUAUUACAAAUGUGCGAAAAUCCUUUUAAAGAAUGGGGAGUAGAUCCUAGUGAAUUUCAACAAGAAGCAGCAAGAUUUUGUGGCGAUGUUCCAGCCUGGGGUUUGGGAAUUCAAUGUUCUUGUAGCUCAUAA